AUGGCAGUUAUUGAUGGCAUCACAGUCGAAGUCUACGUGGAAGGAGUCGAAUAUCGCGAGUAUAACGACCCUGAGGAACCCUCCGAUCCAACACAGAGUUGCAAGUACAUCGAAGCAAGACAUGGCUCGAGGUUUCAAAUCGAGGUCACGAUCACUCAAGACAUUAGCAAGAGACAUAUCGUCUUUCUCGGCGACGUCCUGACCUGUGCCAUCUUGGUCGACGGUAAGCGGUCCCAUUCAACAAAGUGGGACAAACCCCCACCGCAUCUUGCGGACGGGAACUUCCAUUUGCAGGAGACGUGCAACGGAGUUCAAGACAAAGACAAUCAUCACGAAUGGAAGUUCGAUCUUGUAGUCGACCAGUCAGCGGUGUCAUCCAAGACCACACAAAUCGAGAUUCUGUUUGGACAAGCUAAUGUGACAACACCGGACUAUGAUCUCGACCUCGAUGAGUAUCCAGAAGAUCUCGAGACUACUGGGCUGUCCGACACGGUUGCUGUCAACCCUAGCGUGAGGCGUGCGCAGAAUCUCGGCAGUGGCAUGAAUCGGGUUGGCAAGCUGGACGAUGACCCGUUCUUCAGAUUCAAGUGUUGUGAGAGAGGCAAUUUGGAGGCACUUGGAAUUGUCAGCGAACUUGAGACGAAGGAGUAG